ACGCGAUAUGUGAUGUGUAGUUCAUAGGAAUUGUUGCAAAUACAAGACUAUUGCGAGAAUGAUUCGGACGCUGUUUGUGGCAACCAUGCUGUUGUGUUUGUUCACACCAAGUGUGAUCGGCGAUCAUAGAUGGCCAUGCGUUUGUACGACGGAGUAUGACCCGGUGUGUGGCGUUGAUGGCAAAACAUACGGGAACAUGUGCGCUCUCCGAUGCGCCGGUGUUCGUCUUCAAAGUAAAGGCGAAUGUAAACAUGGGUGCAUUUGCACGAUGGAGUAUGACCCGGUUUGUGGUGUUGAUGGCAAAACCUACGGGAACCCGUGCCUUCUCAACUGCGCAGGUGUAAGGCUGGCUUAUAAAGGGGCCUGUAAAUACGGAGGAUACUAGGAAUGAGCAGUCAACAAUAUAAGCCUUCACAGAAGAAAAUAUAAAAACGCUAUAGCCAUAGUACACUACUUAUUUUGUGUUAUAUAACUUUUUUAUUCAAAACUUUUUCUUAAUAAAACAUUUCCAAUGAACAUU